GCGUGGCCUACUUUUAAUAUUAUUAUGAUUAUUAUCCACUGACUCGCAACUGGAUUGACAUACAGUAAUAUGCGAAAUGAAGCGUACCUUAUCUUCAUCGUCUGGUAGUGACCUGGAAGAAGAUCAUAUUUUGACACAAAUAAAAGAAGUGAAAUUGAAAUUGGAUUGUAACUUAUAUCUUUAUGAUGCACAUGUUGAGUUAAUAAGCUUAACUAGACAAGUUGGUGAUAUACAUGAAGCACGGAAAGCUCGAAGUACCAUGGCUGACAUCUUUCCAUUAAGUGAAAAAUUGUGGUUAGAGUGGAUUCAGGAUGAACGCACACUGUCACAAGAUCUAUCGUCAUUGUUUGAAAGAGCAGUUCAAGAUUAUAUUUCUGUACCACUCUGGUUGGAAUAUGUGCAAUUUGCAGUAGAUAAUAUGUCCAAUGAUUUUGAAUAUCCUCGAGCAAUAUAUGAAAAAGCCAUUGUAGCAGUUGGAUUGCAUACCAGUGAAGGAACUUUGAUGUGGAAUUCAUAUAGAGAGUUUGAGAAUGCUAUUUUUGUGUCACUGAAAGAAGUUCAAGAUAGCAAUCCUAAUGAUACUGACAUUGCUAGCCAAGUUGAAAUUCAAUAUGAAAGAAUUAUCAAAUUGUUUAAGAGGCAGCUCUCUAUUCCAUUAAUUGGACAUGAACAAGCAUUCAUAGAUUAUCAAGCGUUUCUCAAUUUGGAUCUUACUGAAGACUCUUUACCUAGUUAUAUUCUAGCUACUAAAAGAUUAGAGCCUAUGCUGCUUUUUGAGCAACAACUGUCAAUGCAGGCAAAUGAAGAAACAUAUCAAAACUAUGUUAAAUUUUUGUUGGAACAGAAAGAAGAUUCUACUGUGAUUGAUAUUUUGUAUCAGAGAGCUAUUGCUACAUUUCCCCUUAGCACUGAUUUGUGGACGCAGUAUCUAAGCUUUUUAAGUAGUAACUUUUCAAGUGUUAAACUCGUACUACUAAAGGGUCAUGAACAGGCUGUCAGAAAUUGCCCAUGGAUGCCUGAAUUUUGGAUUUCAUAUUGCCAAACACUGGAAAGACUACUUGAACCUCAUGAUAAAAUAAUUACUACUUUUGAGAGGGCUCUUUCUGACAAUUACACUGAAGGAAAUAGUUAUUUUCAUGUAUGGAGAGCUUAUUGCGAUUAUUUUCAUAGAAAAGCUUCCAGAAAAACCUCAGGUGAAGCUGAGCUUGAAGACUUAAGAGCUUUAUUUUGUAGAGCUAGAAUCUUUCUGAAAACAAAUUUUCCUAAAAUUACUGAUUUUAUUGACUCUCUUAAUUGCUACGAAGCAAGUGUGGAAGCACGUUUUUAUGAUAGCAUAAGUAAAGCAAGGACUUUAUGGAAUGAUGUAAUGACUCGUCAUGGAAACCAGUGUGAAUACUGGCUCCAAUACAUUGAGUUAGAAAGAAAUUUUGGAGAGUUAUCCAACUGUCGUAAGUUGUUCUUUAUGUCUAUUAAUUCUGUAAAUGAUGACCCUGAUAAAAUAUGUUCUUCAUUCUUACAAUUUGAAAGAGAGCAAGGAACACUGGAAUCAUAUCUGGUAGCAGCUAAGAAGUGUUCUGCUCAACUAGAUCGGAUUAAAGAAAGAAGACAAAAGGCUUCGGAAAAAACUGUAAACAAAAGGCAACAGAAGUAUUCCAAAACAGAGCAUCGACAAACCAUGUAUCCAAAAGAAAAUACAGAGAGAGACAGAAGUGCUAAAAGAAGAAAAAUGGAAGUUCCAUCAUAUGUUUUUUUUACUGAGGAAAGUAGCAGCAAAACUAAAUGUUCAACUGGAGCUACAGUUUUAGUCACAGAAAUUAAACCUCAUGCAAUGAGUAAGAAGAAGAUUGAUUCAAAGAAACUUGAAGUUAAUGAGGAAAAUACAAUUUUUGUGAGCAAUUUAGCUUCUGAUACCGAUGAAGAUCAACUUCAUAAGUUAUUUUCACAAUGUGGUCAGGUUGCUGAUGUACGUUUGAUUAAAAAAUUUGGAGGUAAAUUCGGAACUAACGUUUACGCUUACGUUGAAUUUACUACAAGUGAGCCUACUGUGGAGGCUCUAAAAUUAGACCAUACAGUGCUCAAUAGCCGUGCUAUUUAUGUGUCCUCUUGCAAUGCUGAUAGGCAAAAUAAGUAUAAUAACAAGGCUACGGUUUUUGUUACCAAUGUUGCUCAUGAUCUUUCUGAAAGGGAUUUAGAAGAUAUCUUUAAAGAAGUUGAUCAGGUGAAAGCUGUUAGACUGGUACGAAAUAAAAAAGGACGAUCUAAAGGAUUUGCUUACAUUGAGUAUGACACAGAGUCAUCAGCUAGGGCAGCUGUUUUUCAGUUAAAUGACAGGGAGAUGGCAGGAAAGAAUAUUAAGGUGGCUAUAUCCAAACCUCCAGCUAGCAAGGAACUACCAGUUGCUCAAAAGAAGGAUCCUUUUACAAGGGAUGUUCACAUGAAAGAGACUAAUCUCCCCAAAGCAUCACCAAGGAGAGCACUCACAUUAGAUGCAGCAAAAUCAGCCACUACUUCAUCAGACUCUGACAUUGCUGUUACAAAGAAAAGUAAUGACGAAUUUAGGCAAAUGUUCUUAAAACAUUAAAAACAACAAUAAUUAGGUAUUACUUUUAAAUUGUAAUUAUUAUCAAAAUAAACAACGUUGAUGCUAAUAGUUUUA